AAAAGGAGUUGGACUUUUGAAGAGAAAUCCUACACUUUCCUGCCCCUUUGAAAGACGACAAAAAGAUUUACUCAUUCUCAAACGGACAAGACAAAAUGGUGUUUAAACAACAAGCGGUUUUUUCCCCUUUCAAGAUCCUUUUAGUGCUAUUUAUAACACUGAUGGCAAUAAAUAUGUCCUUGGGGAAAACAGUUUUCUUGUUGCCUAGCAACCAAAAUGGCAUCAACGAGCAGUGCCAGCCAGCCAAGCGAGAGCUCCUACUCCAGAAACUGGGCCGAGCUUAUAAUCACCACUUCAUGGCAAUGGAUUUCGUAGAUUUAACUACUAAAACCGCUGACCAGCUGGAAUCACUGCCAGAAGACGCACUUCAUGAAAGCCGCUAUGGAUCCGCGAAUGAAUCAAUACGAGAAAAGCGAAGCUCAGCUACUAAACCAGCAGCGUGGACCUGUCAAACCACAAGCAAAUGGAUUGAUAUGGGGAGAAAUUAUUUUCCCCGUUAUUACAAAACAGUCAAGUGCUCCUCUAAUGAUUGUUGGUUUGGCCACUUCCGGUGUAGAGCGAAGUUCUUCCAGUUUCAGAUUCUGAAACGAAAAUCCGGAGCAUGUAGAAAGGUCAUUUCGAGCUCUGGAGUUCCUAGUUUUGAAGAGUUCUGGGAACUCCACGAAGUUGAUACUGCUCUUUAUUGCAUGUGCACUAAUUGACCCCACCCCUCCCCCUCAUAACCAUCAUUUUUAUUUUCAAUUUAUUAAUUGCAAGGAGUUGAAAUUCUUAGAAUUUUUGAGGUUUUUUUUUUUUUUUUUUUUUUUUUUUUUCCCGAAAUAAUAUCAGUGGUUUUUUAUGAACCAGAUUUCCACAGAUGUUGAUAUUUUCGGCGCUUUACUCGUGUCAUAACCAUUAUUUUUCAUGGAUUUAAUCAAACAAUAUUUAUCACAAUUAAAAACAGGUUAAAAAAAGAUUCCGCCAACUUGUUUUCUCCAGAUUUAGCUCUCGCCCUUCAUAAAUAAAAUUUGUUUUAAUUAUGUAUUUAUCUAAAGUUCAGAAACUCYAAUGUGUUGAUAUUCAGCCCGUGAAGCUCAAGUGAAGCUCAUUUUGUUGAACUUUACUCAGCAUUUGAUGAAUGGUUUCAGUGAAGUCCAGAUUCAAAAUGGCGGCCCACGGGAAAGUAGGAACGACUUGAAAAUGAAUGUUAAAAAGUCUUUGAAUUUCAACCUCUUUUGAAUAUAAAUACGACCUUGGUUUAAGAUUAAUUUUGAUUUUUAUUUAGUUUUUUAUUGGAUGGUUUUAUUAUUGAAUUUGAUUCA